AUGAUUCAGAGUAGUUCCACAAUGGCUAAUGAAAAGGAGAAUUAUAGUGCUUUCAGCUCUAAGCAGAAAUUGUUAAUAGUGCUUCUCACCACAUUUACUGGGUUUUUAGGGCCUAUUUCAGGAAACAUCUAUAUUCCGCUCAUAAAACUUACUGCUGAAAAGUUCCAUACUUCAAUCAAAGUAAUCAACGGUACAGUUUCAGUUUUUAUGGCUGUUUUUGCCAUCGCUCCCUUGGUAUGGUCACUCUUGGCAGACUCCACAGGAAGAAAGCCUAUCCUCAACAUAGCCCUCUGUAUCUUUGUGAUUGCGAAUAUAUUAUUGGCAUUAAUACCCGCGAAUGUUUGGUCUCUAUACUUAUUGAGGAUUCUUCAAGCAGUAGGGGCUUCCACGAUGGCCGUCGGUAUUGGAUGUAUUGCAGAUAUUUCUGAACCAAAAAGAAGAGCAACCUUCAUUUCAUACUAUAUGAUAGGGCCUCAAUUAGGACCUAUUCUUGGUCCAAUUGUGGGAAUAUUAGGAGCUAAAACAAAUUGGAGGUGGAAUUUUGGAUUAUUGGCCAUCUUGGGACUCGUUUCCUUUACGCUUAAUGUUUGUUUUUUGCCAGAGACCCUACGCUCACUAGUAGGAAAUGGGUCAGUGGUAUCAGAAUCACUUUUUCAAGGGAAUUUUGUAAGGUCAAAUGAGAUAAUCGAAUCAAAGUAUCCCAAACAAAGAAAAGAUAUAAGAAACUAUUACAAAGCCCUCUGUCAGUUACCUGUCCUUUUAUGUUCAUUGAGCGGGGGUAUUGUCUUUGCUGCAUUUUAUGCCAUGAUUCUCAGCUUUUCCAAAGCACUUUCAACAGACUACGGCUAUUCAGACAUAGAUGUGUGCAUCUGCUUCCUCUGCCCAGGUUUUGCCUUAGUAUCAGGCUCCAUUAUCACCGGAAGAGUAUCUGACUACCUACGAAGUAACUCAGGAGGUAACAAUGGCCCAGAGAAGAGAUUUUUUAUUCAGUUAAUCGGGCAACUAGUAUUUCUAGCAGCUUUAUUUUCUUACGCUUGGUUAAUCUCUUCUCAUGUUCCAGUUGGGUAUCUUUUUAUUUCUGUGUUCUUUGGAGCUUUUAGCAUGUCUGCUGUUCUCAUUACUAAUACGACUUACCUAUCUGAGUUUUCCAAGGCUCAACUGGCAACUUUUGUUUCAAUCGGAAAUUUUUUCAGAAAUGUCGGUGCAACGAUCUCCUCAGCUUCUGUGGAGCCUUUAACGAAAGUAAUUGGUUAUGGCUGGUGCAUUAGCAUAUUUUCGUUUUCUGUGAUCCCUAGUAUUUUAUGUACCAUCCUUAUUAUCUCGUUUGGAAAGCGUUGGAGAAAGCAAGCUUGUAAUGAAUAA